UCCGGGAGCACGCACCCAUAACACCUUCGUUGACAGGCAGGCUGGGAGUGCUGAUGUAAUGUUGUUCCAGCGGUGAGUACGGAUGGCGGUGUGCGCCAGGCUUUGCGGAGUUGGACAGUCACGGAGGUGUCGGAGGAGGCAACGACAACAGAGAGGCGACCCUGACUCAAAUCCUGGACUCGAGCUGGAUGACGACGACGAUGAAGAAGAGAACGAGGGGGUGAUGGACGAACGGAUAGUUAUUAAGCGACAGGAUGCAAGCAAAGCAUCGGGUAAAGCAGUGGUAUCUACGGCUCCUGUGACAUCUGCCUCUUCUACAAGUGCAAUCCUCAAUGGGCUGUCGAACCGUAACCCGGAACACAAGGGGUCGCCCCGUUUGCUGGAUCUGCCACCAGAGCUGCUAGUGGAGAUCUUUUCUUCCCUCCCCGGGACAGCACUGCCCAACCUGUCGCUGGUGUGCAAGAAAUUCCGUCAGAUCAUUAACACUGAUACCAUCUGGAGGAGACGGUGUAUAGAGGAAUUUGGCAUGUGUGAAGAUCUUCGGAAACUGGAGGUUGAAGGCCUACCCAGUAGAGAACUUUAUGUGAAACGUAUAAACCCCCGUGUAAAAUCGGGACGUUUCAUGAAGCUCCUCCCUGACUAUGAGCACAUGGACUACAGAGAUGUUUACGCCCACUUGCUGUAUCCUUACCGACACAUCCUAGGUUUAUGGCAACCUGACAUUGGACCUUAUGGAGGACUUCUCAAUGUUGUGGUGGAUGGUUUAUUUAUAAUUGGCUGGAUGUAUCUCCCACCACAUGAUCCACGAGUUAAUGAUCCAAUGAGGCGCAGACCCCUUUUCCGCAUUCACAUGUGGGAGUCAAGUAAGGCAACAGUAGAGUGCAUGUAUGGCUAUAAAGGACCCCAUAAAGGAGACAUACAGACAGUGAAAAAGGAUGAAUUUUCAACAAAAUGUAAUCAGACAGAUCACCAUCGAAUGCCUGGAGGAAGGCAAGAAGAGUUCCGUACAUGGCUAGAAGAGGAAUGGGGUCGAACACUAGAGGACAUCUUUCAUGAACACAUGCAGGAGCUUAUUCUCAUGAAAUUUAUUUAUACCUGCCAAUAUGAUAAUUGCCUCACAUACCAUCGCAUUUAUCUUCCUCCUCACCAUCCUGGAGAUGUGAUGAAACCUGGACUGUUUAAAGGCACCUAUGGAAGUCAUGGUUUGGAAAUUGUAAUGCUCAGCUUUCAUGUGAAUCGAGCCAAAGGAACUAAACUCACAGGUGAUCCCAACGUUCCAGCAGGUCAGCUGACACUGGACAUUGAUCUUUCCCGAACCAUCCAACUUCCAGACAUAGACAAGCAGCGCAGUAUAGAUGAAUUAUCUCGACUGGUCAUGGAAGUACAUGAGCAAGUGCAGAGAGAACAACAAUUAGCCCAGAGAGAGGAUGCUGAUAUUGGCAAUGAAAAUAGCCGUGCACCAUUAGCAUCUGCCAAUAUCCCUUUAAUGAAUGGGAGUCAGGAUGUGGAGGAGGAUGACCAUGUAGAAAAUGAGAUGGAACAACCGUUGCAUGAAGAGGCAGCAGCUCACCAUCAAGAGUCUCAACCAUUUGUUUUGCCAGGUGGAGUAAUGGCUCGAAAUGAAGUGUAUCCUCGAACUUACCGCAUGUGUUUUUACGGCACAGGGCUGAUUGCAGGUCAUGGCUUUACCAGUCCUGAACGCACUCCAGGAAUCUUCAUCCUGUUUGAUGAUGAUUGCUUCGGAUUCAUCUGGCUAGAGCUCAAGUCCUUUAGCCUAUACAGCAGAGUAAAAGAUUCACUACAGUAUGCAGAAGCUCCUUCAGCAGAAGCUUUUGAAGAAAUGCUCAAAAACAUGCAGUCUUGGACAUCUUGACAAGCCAGCUUUUCCACCACGGAAUGACAGGGAUAUUACAUGGGGAAAAAAAAGGUUAAAGCCUGACCUUGGUACCUCUCUCUCUUUCUCUCUCAAGUAGCAUGCACUUUUACACAUGGCAAAUGUAUACACUGCUUUUUACAGUUUACUACAGAAACAAUAAUUACCAUAAUUUAUAAAGAAUAUUAAAAUGACUAAUAGUUAAUGUGUCACAGAAUGUAAUUAUGGAGCAGGUACACAAAGUUAAAAAAUAA